AUGUGGCGGCCUCGGGGGAAUGAAUGGUGGACGCAGUCGGGGCAUACACAAGGCGCCCUGCUCUCGAUCGUCUCAAUCGUUUAUAGUGGCGGUGAAUUUGACGUCACCAUAUUCGAGAUACGUCCUUUUGGUAAUAUGGCGGUACAGUACGAGGACUACUUCUUUGACGAUCAGCGAUGUCCGCCUCUUUUAAUGUCGAAAGGUCUGCCUCUUUUUAAUGUCGAGGAAAUUAACUACACCAAGGAAGCUGCUAACGUUGAGCAUUUUGCUAAUAAUUUCAACAAUAUAGAUUAUGUGCAAGUUCCAACCAUAUAUUGGGAAUCCACAACCCCACAUGUUCUUGUGAUUGAAUAUGUUCCUAAUAUCAAAUUAAUAGGAUGGAGGUUGUGGAUCAGUUGGGCGUUGACUGGAAGAGGUUGA